AUGAUGCUGCGAGCUGUUGGUAGCAAGACCGGAAGAGCUAUAGCUCUUCGUUCACUAAGUGUACCGGCGUACACUCCGGAUCUUAAGUCCGUAGCGGAGAAACCGAAGCCUGUCAAGUACUUCAAGAUCUACCGAUGGAAUCCGGAGACCAAGGAGAAACCAUUUGAGUCGACAUACCCUGUGGAUUUGAAUGAAUGCGGACCAAUGGUGCUGGACGCGUUAUUCAAGAUUAAGAACGAACAGGACCCGACACUGGCGUUCCGACGCUCGUGCCGCGAGGGGAUCUGUGGCUCGUGCGCCAUGAACAUCGAUGGUGGGAACACACUUGCCUGCGUGAACCCCAUCACGAAGAACAAGGACGUCGUUCGCAUUUAUCCGCUGCCGCACAUGUUCGUUGUUCGCGAUCUGGUGGUGGAUUUGAGCAACUUCUACGACCAGUACGCGUCGAUUGAGCCGUGGCUGCACUCCGUCAAGCCUAAGAGUGCAGGAGUUGAGCACCUGCAGUCUAUUGAGAACCGCAAGAAACUGGACGGGCUGUACGAAUGUAUCCUCUGUGCGUGCUGCAGCACGGCAUGUCCGAGUUACUGGUGGGCGCAGGACAGGUACCUGGGCCCGGCAGCGCUUCUGCAAGCGUUCCGCUGGAUCGAGGAUUCGCGUGAUGAUCGCACCGUCGAGCGGCUACAAGCGCUGGACGACGCGUUCAAGCUCUACCGCUGCCACACUAUCAUGAGCUGCACGCACACAUGUCCAAAGGGACUCAAUCCAGCGCAGGCCAUUCGCAAGAUCAUGGGUCGGCUCAACGAGAUGCAGAUCCCUGGCGAGUAG